UCUGCUGACGGCAUUUGAGCAAGUUGUGGCAGCUAGUAUUGACGGCUACUUAUCGCUUUAACGGCAAAUACCUCAUGAGAAGAACUGCGGGGGUCUAGUGCACGGAGAAGAUCAAGAUGUCGGCCGGUGGACUGGCCCUCUUCGGACUAGUGGCCAAACUGAUUUACCCGGUCUGGACUGUACAAGAGGCGGGUGUGGCGUCGCAGGUGGCGUGCGCGGCUCGUUGCAGUCAACACUAUGCCUGUGGAGGAUUCCAAUGGAACUCUUCUUCGUGUCGCCUGGUGGUGGAAGCUUCGGUGCCUGGCGCCAUGAAGGGCGUGAUGAAGAACGUGUUUAGACUCAACCGGUACGGGACGAACUACCACCUGUACGAAUUACCUCCACCGCUAGGUGGCACCAGUCCCACAGGCGCACUGGACACCUGUCGGAAGAACGGCCUGGAUCUGUUGCCAAACCCCGUCACCUUGAAAGACAGGGCGAGUUUGUCCAUACGGCAAGCGGGGGGCAUCUUCGUAGACAUGAUACGAGCCAGCAACGGCUCGUACGUGACUCGGAGCUCCGGAGUCCUGGUGCCGGACACGGCCAUCUCCGCCUGGCUGCCUGGAAACCCUAGCGGCGCCGCAGGGCGAUGCAUCGGCAUAGGCGGCGACACCUCCUUGUACUACGACUUCGUGUGCAGUAGUACAGGUCCCUACGCUGGAAUCUUUUGCGACAGGGCGAGUUUGUCCAUACGGCAAGCGGGGGGCAUCUUCGUAGACAUGAUACGUGCCAGCAACGGCUCGUACGUGACUCGGAGCUCCGGAGUCCUGGUGCCAGGCACGGCCAUCUCCGCCUGGCUGCCUGGAAACCCUAGCGGCGCCGCAGGGCGAUGCAUCGGCAUAGGCGGCGACACCUCCUUGUACUACGACUUCGUGUGCAGUAGUACAG